AUGCCUUCCGCAACCCUCACCUUCCGACACCCGUUCUCACACCAGGGCGUUACCACCACCACCCCAGCCAUCGACGUGACCACCUACAACCCGAACCCGGCUCCUGCGGGCUCCUGCUGGACUGCUCCCUUUCGGGACGGUCUGCCCACCCCUCCCAGCGACAUGACCGGGCUGACCUACAAUGCCAUCUCAAGUAUGGCCUACGGGGGGAAACCGGAUGGGAUCAUGCACGGUCACGCCCGCCCCUUUGACUCGGUGUCAUCGUCGAUGGUGGCAGCCAUGAAGCCUCAGAACCCUACAGUGCCCGUGAAAGAGGCCCCCACCAUGGAACCUGCCAACAACCAGAAGAAGACGACCAGCACAGGUGGCUCGCAGCUACGCAUCCCAUCGUCCAUCAACGGCAGCAAGGGCAGUCUGGCUGAAUUUGCAGCUCAGAUGACCUGCCUGUUCUGGUUUGAACAAACCUCCAAACUCCAAGCCAUCGAGGACCGGCUGCAUCCGGUACCAUCGCUCGUCCCGGAAGCCAUGCCCACAGUCGGCUUCCAGAAAUGGGUGGCCUCAAUCCUGUCCACCACCCAGGUCAGCCAGAAUGUGAUUCUGCUGGCUCUGCUGUUUGUCUACCGACUGAAGAAGUUCAACUCCGGGGUCAAGGGCAAGAAAGGCAGUGAGUUCCGGCUGAUGACGGUGGCCCUGAUGCUGGGCAACAAAUUUCUCGAUGACAACACCUACACCAACAAGACCUGGGCGGAGGUCUCGGGCAUUGCCGUGCAUGAGAUUCAUAUCAUGGAGGUUGAGUUCUUGAGCAACAUUCGCUAUGACCUGUUCGCCUCCAAGGCCGAGUGGGCGCGUUGGCACACCUUGCUGGGCCUGUUUGGCGACUUCUUCAGCCAGGCCUCUAUGCUUCCGCUCGAAUCGGAGCAGCACACCCCCAUGCUGCGUGUCUCGCCGCCGCCCUCGCAGUCUCCCUUAUCGUCCAAGCUGCCCUCGCCUCCCGCUACUACCGACCUGCCACGCCCGCAGUCCCAGCCGAACUGGUAUAUGCCUGUCCACGGUCUGCCGCCCUACGGGCCAUCCUCACUGCAACCUCAGCUCGAGACCGCUCUGGGUACUUCCCGAAAACGGAGCCGGGACGAUCUCGAGGUUUUGCACCCUGCGAAGCGCCCGGCAAUCUCAUCGGCCAUCUCUGCUCCCGCGUUGACGAUGCCUUCGUCCGUUAUGACGCCCAUGUCGACCCUGCCGCCGGUCAUGACUCCAACUUCUAUCCCGACGUGCCAGGCUCCCAUGGCGCCGGUUUCUCGCCUCCCCCUCCCCAAUCUGCCACCAUCCUCUCACCCGGUGCCUCAGGCACACUCCCUAGCCGCAGCCUCUCAACUCCCGACCCUUAUGCCCCCAAUCUACAACCGGACUCCCAACUGGACACAGCAGAUGCCCCCACUGGCUAUCCCUCCAGUGUCGUCAGGAGGUUUCUACACGGCCCCGACACUCCCAGAACUGGGCCGACACCACCCGAACGCCUUGGGGGUGUCAUCUGCGACGGUCUCACCGGCCGUCUCCGCCUACUCCGUCCACACCCCCCAAACCCACCUCUCUCCGUCUUUCUUCCUGGCCAACCGCAAUUCGCCCUACCGGCCAGUCCGCUCCGUCCACACCCUGCUGAUUCCUCCUCCCUCAACCUCCAUGCAGCAGCAGCGCAGUGUCCCCUUCGACCACAUGCACUACCAGCCGCUGGGCAAGACCUCCGCCGACCGCAAGACUGGUCUGCUGCCCUUUAUUCAGCCGGAGGCAUGGAACCAAGGCCCCCAUUUCCCACAGUCCCUCUUCCCUCCGACGCAGGGCUACACCAGUUGA